CUAACAAAGUUGUUCAAUAAUUUUGCUGAAAACAUUUAUAAAAUACUUGAUAAAAGAUAAUAAUUUGUAAUAUUAUAAACAAUAAUAAUAAAAUUAGAAAAAUGAAUAACAAAAUUCUUGUUAUAUUUAUAAUCUAUUUUAUUAUUUCAAAGUCAAAAGUGAUCGCUCCUAAUCCUUCCUGUAGAUUACAAAAGGACAGGGGACCAUGCGACGGAGUUUUUCCAAGAUAUUGGUAUGUAUUUUCUCAAGCACGAUGUGAUCUAUUUAUUUAUGGAGGAUGCCAAGGAAAUGCAAAUAAUUUCAUAACUAAAGAAGAAUGUGAAAGACAAUGUAGAAGAUAAAAUUAUUUAUAAUUCAGUAAAUAUCCUGCUGAAAUGUUAUUUCAAUAGUCAAA